AUGGCGUCUGAUGGUCAUUUGGUUUUGGAGGGAUGGCAACCCCACUCGAGCCAGUUUUUUUUCUUAACGACAAAGUUGUUUCUAAAAACUAAUAUCCAAUUUUCAGCAAAAAGCGGUCACGUUCAGGAUGGCGCGGGCGAUGUUGAACAUCAGCCAGCGUUGACGAGAUGGACCACCCUCGUUGAUAGCUGCUCCAGAGAUAUGGAGGCUGUGUUGUUUGUGGCGAUGCCGUUUUCCAACGCGAGUUGGAACGUUGCAUCAGCGUCGGAUCUAGACAACGUUGAAAUGGGAGAGCCAAAAUUUAAAAAAUUUUGA